CUGAUCACCGGUUAAAGGUCUACUGGUAGAUCCCGAUGUACCUUUUGGGCACCCCUGAUUUAGUGCCUGUCAGUUGGAAAAUUGCAUAACUACAAUAAAUAUUUUUAAUGUGUUUUAUAUAUGAUCAUAAAGGAAGAUUAUAUUAAAAAGUGCUUAUUUAACAGUUGGGCCCCUGGGGAUGUAAUGCAAUGAAAAAUUAUUUAAGGCAGCAUAUUCAGCAUUUAGCAACUGGGAAUGGACUGUGUGUGUAUUUAAGUGCAGUCGUAUCCAGUAUCAAAGUCCUCGGUAGCUGCCUUUAGGACCCAGCGUAGCUCUGUGCUCAUGCAUAUGCAGUCUGGAACACAUCUCAUCAGGUUACUAUCUUGAGCAUGUCAAAGGCAAUUGAAAUAAGGCUGCCUAAAUGAAAGCAAAGCAACCCAGCGAAUUAGAACUGUUCAGCACCUUAGACAGCGCAGCCACUUCUUCGCAAGGGGAACGAACCUCCAGCCUACACUGAUCUGUCCACCUCUCCUGGUAAAGCCAUUUGUCCUUUCCUCACUUACAUUACUGCUCCGGGAGUUGAUUUGCAAAGUGUCGGCUUCAUUUUAAGUGAAAUGUGGAAAUGCUCAGCUGCAAGAAAAGUUUGGGAAAGAGCCUAAGCUGAAGACGGUAGGGAAAUAAAAAAGAGGUUAAUGGUUUUCCCUCAUUAACCUGGAAGGAAUGAUGACCAGAACAGUAUGUGUACCAGCGGGCAGAUCAUUGGAAGUCUCUUGGUGCUGUCUGUGCUGGAGAUAGGGCUGGGCUUGUCCAGUGUGGCCGUGGGAGCUGUCACUUUCUUCAGAGUCAGAAUGGAGCAGAAGCCGCAGCUGGGAGACUCUUCUCCGGUAUGGAGCGGGGCGUGUUUUCUUAUUUGUGGAGUGUGCGGAAUCUUUUGCGCCAAGAAGAAAUCUGGACUUAUUAUGAUUCUGUUUUCAGCCUGCUGUAUCUGUGGCCUGAUUGGAGGGAUAUUAAAUAUUCAGUUUCUACGUGCGCUGAACAAGAGAUCAUCAUCCCUUUAUUCCUUGUACAUUGCAUCCAUGUCACUCGCAUGCAUAGGAAUCUGUUGCUGCACCAUUUCCACGUGGUUAACAUGCCGCCUGGCCAGCUAUGAACAAAGGAGAAUGUUUUUGGAAAGGGAACAUUCACUUCACCACUCUCAUGAAAUGACAGAAAAGGACACGGAAAAUAUUGCCAAUGGAGGACAGCUUGCAUUAAAUGGGAGAGUUUAAACAAAAAUCUUCAUGCAUAUAAACAAUAAUGUUUAAUAAAGAUGACUAGUAUUAGAAUCACCAAAUAACACGUCAAACACAGAUACUACCAUAUAUACUCGAGUAUAAGCCAACCCGAGUAUAAGCUGAGGUACCUAAUUUUACCUACGAAAACUUGG